GAUAAAAUUGUUCGAAGUACCUGUAAAGUGAUAGUGAAUCAGUUCACAAGAAGUGGUCAUUUCAUAUUCACAAUUACAUUGACUGCAUUAUUGUCGACUCUGCAAACUGGUGGUAACUGUCCUUUCACACCAUUGAAUGUGGCCACUAGUGUGAGGAACGGUAGUAUACAUAACAGGAACCUACCGGGACCCGAGUCCACAGAUAUCCAACCGGAACAGUAG